UUUGACAUCGUCGAUGGAGAGAUCGUGAUAAAGCAGCCCAAUCCGAAAGUGCCGCCGGGUGAUUACGACAUUUCCCUCCCGCCCAAGCCAGAAGUGGGCAAGCCGGCGCCACCUGCCGAGGAGGUCGUCAUGACUCCAUUCCCUCCAUCCCUUCCAGAGGGCCCUCAGUACGGCCCGAUUGGCGGAGCCCCGCCCCUCCGCCCGUCGGUCAUGAUCAAGCCUGUCUGUACAGGGACCCGUCAUUGGAUCGAGAUGGACCUGCCGGGCAACUUUGUGGUGGAUCUUACCAAGAACAUCACACUUGCAGGCGAGGAUGGCCUGCUGACGAUUGAUGGGGCGGACGUGAAGGCUGAUUCUAAAGUAUGUGGUCUCAAGGGUCAGUCAAGAUUCUUAUGUGUCCCACUGCGUAUGCCGCCCGCUUGCACAUCAUAUGCGUGUGUGCAGAUUCGUGCCGCUGGUGGAGCUGGGGAGAUAGAACACCACCUUCGCAUUACUGCCACACAGGACAGCCCUGAGCUCAAAGAAUUCCUCGAGAGACUCUUCCCAUCGGCAACGGAGAGUAAGGCGGUCGACGUGAGCAUCUUUGUUGUGGCCUAUGACGAGGACGAAAUACCCAGCGACGUGAGUAACGCCACGGGAGCACGUACAAUCGUCAUGCUCGAAACAGCAAUAACGACUGGUGACCGAAGGUCCUCUGCUUCGAACGUCUACCACGUCAUUCGAUCCGGCCUCCUGAUGUUCCAUGAAGUUGUGGUACCGCUCUCAGCCUCUUAUCUGCCUGACACAGUGGAUACAUAUUUGAGGGGCUCAUUCCUGCGGGUCAGAAACUCAUUCACCAUCGAAAGUCCCAGAGAUGUGACGAAGAAGCUGUUCAUUGAUACGAACGUUAAGGAUGUCUUUCUCAAGGUGCCCUUUACACACCGAUCAUAUCGUCAGAUUGAGGACCAUGCCUUUUCUUGUUUAAUGGCAUGUUUGUCGUCAGUACACGACGGACAGUGAGGGGGAGGACAUGCCGUACCUCCACAUCGAGCAGCUCAAUGUGACUGCGAUCAAGCGGAUCGAAAGCAUGGCGCGCGACGGCCCACUGCACGUCUACAUGGGGCGAUACACGAUCAUCCUGAUCACCCCUGGCUCGACAUUGGAUCUCGACCUUACCCAAGACAUUGAGUUGAAUAUUCCUGAAAACGACACCGUGCCGUCAUCGUACUUCCAGGUGCUGCAGGCCAAGCUCGUGAUGGAUGAGGCAAGCGAUGCAGAGACCGAGGGCAGCUCGGCGCAAGCAACAGGUAUGGUAUACAGUCAAUGAAGGGAUGAACAGCCUUAGCUGAGUCACUGAGUCGUUUUCAGAUGCACACGACUACAAAAGUGACAGGGAACAAGGCGCACAGCCAAACGACACAGCCACCACGGGAGGCGACCUCGGAGCACCUGUGAAUGAGUCGAACCAUACUGUCGGCUUCAACUGUAUCGAGCUCAGGAUUCACUGCCAAAUCAUGGUGAGCGGAAAGUGCGAAUGUCACAUAUUUGAAUUUCCUGCGUCUACUUUUUGUUCAGUACCGCACCACCCCGUCCGGCACACUUUGGCCUUUCCUCGUGAUAGACGGCCCAUUCCCGGAGCUCGACCGUCAGAUCAUCGAGGCCGUUCCAGAAGGCAGUCCAGCACGACUUAGCUCUUACCAAGCCGUCAACAUCGUGGGAACGAUCAGUGGCUACCGACUACGCUUCCCUCUGCCGUCUCGCAAGGUGCCCGACCUGAUGCAUCCCGUCACCGUGCUAUCAGCAGUGGGAACUCGUGUUGUGCUCCAAGGAGACAUGGCCAAACUGACUGUGGAGUACGAGAGCGACAUCAACCUCCCCGACACGUUCCACCCCUUCCUCGUCGCAACCCUUACUGGACCGCUGGCAAACGAGACAUUGCAAGAGAUAUCGGCGGCCGGUGUCCAGAAGACCGCGAGGCUGAUUGAGAUCGUCUUCUGCUCAACUAGCUUCCAAGCGACGCGUCAAACACUGCUCCCAGUGCUGGCGACCGGGGAGGGUGAUGUGGGCAUCAAGCUGCCGUCCGGGGCCCAGCCGGACGUGGACCAGCCCGUCGUCAUUUGGCUCAAGCGAGGCGAGGUCUCGACUUCUGUCAUUGUCAACCCGGGGGAUGCGGACAUUUCUCUCACAGUACAUGCCCCACAGAAAUUGCUCACAUUAGAUCCAAAUGCUCGCCUGCCUGUUGUCCUUCGCUCAGUAUACCGGUGGCGCUCAAGUGCGUCCGUUCUUGAGCAUCAAGCCGCGUGCACAACUCGCAGGAGAAUUCGCUGGCGCGUUCCCCAAAGGAUUGUCGACUCACCUGGUUCGCUACUUACAGCGCUGCGCGAGGGUGCAGUCGCCAUUCGAUCCCAGAGACGCCAACCUGCCGUCAGGUAAGAUCCUCACAACUUUGACGGACGAAUGUGUCUUUGGCGGAGUGCGUCUCUCAGGAUCCUUGUGUCCGAGCUGGCCUCAAAUGAACCCUUAUGUGUAUCGUGUGGACAGCUCUGCGCCGCCCCUGCAUCUGUCGAGGGCAGUGGGGGCAUCCAUCACCUUCAAAUGCAACGAGCCUUUCUACUUGCCGAGCGAGGGCCUUAUGGGCAUCACCAAAGAGGCGACAUUCUGCGCCAGCAAGGGAGACCAGAUGGCGUUGAAGCACCAGCGAUACUCUAACAAUACUCUGCCGCACUGGACGCCACUCAAGGGACUCAAAUGCGAGCGUAAGCCGGGGAUGAAUUGCCGGAGUACAAGCAAAAUGCUCAUAUUCUUUCUUCUCUUCCCUGACUGCUAUAUGUCACUGUCGGUCAGCCCGAUGUCCCGCCUGGUGGCUCCAGCGUCUUGAAGCCGUCAAAUCGAAACCGAUUGCAGAAAGAGGGGGGAUGGCGAUUGUCAAGCCUGUGAGAUCGGUUCCCGGCGAGACCGUCUACCCCAUUCAGUGCAAGGCCGGCUAUGAGGCCCACUGCCACACACCAUCCCUCUCACUGCCGUCAGCUGUGCAAGAGGCCCACCGGUGCUCCAAGCGUGCCAAGUGCACCAAUGGACAGUGGAACUCAACCAUUCAAUGCUGGGGUAUUCAAUGCUGGCUGGGGUCGGAGGGAGGGAAUACGCGCGCGUUGCCAUGUCUCUGUUGCAAUUCCUGUCGGCUUUGUUUGUGUGUGCGCGUGUGCAGCGAUAGGCAAUAUCGGCGUAUCAGGAGGCCCCGGUCACGAGAGUGCCAGCGGCCCUCACGCCAUCAAGGGCGCCACCAUCCUCCAAGCAAACCCGACAUUGCUUGCUGUCACGGUCGGCGCAGUUCAGCUCGACACCUCUAACCCAUUCAGAGGCUCUGACGGGUUGGCUUUCUCUGCCCGGGGUCUGGAGGCCGUCGCCAGCCCUCACGGAGGCGUCAAGAUGUCCCCAACGGCAGAGGGCCACAACGUCACUUCGUAUUACUUGCGCAUGUUCGCUGCACCUAUAACAAGAGAACAAGGGAAAGAGCGGCUACGAGGGCCGCGAGUGAGACCUGUGCCCCUCGAGAUACAAAAGUUCCAAGUGGUUCGAUGGGCGCGCCAGAUGGCGUCCCACAGGUCUGCUCAGGGGGCGCCGAUUGAGUUGGGAUGUCGGUUGAUGCUUGAGAAUGUUGGCAAAAAAAGACAGACGCAGGAAGCGACUAACGAUGUGGCGGGCCAUCACACGCACUUCAUGCUCGCAGACAAUUGCUUUCACGGUGAGCGACCUCCGGGCGCUUCCUACAGUGCAAUACUUGCUGGCUGUCUGUGUGUGUAGGGUCCAUUCGUAUGGUUGGAUUCUGGCGCCGCAGCCUGCUUGAGGAGCCGCGCACACCCAGCCAUGAGAUCAACGACGUGUACGAGGCAUUCCACAGAUGGGAAAGGCAAAGAGACCGCCAAACCCCCCUUACCAAAGGUUAGUUGGUGAAAUCACUGGCACAAAGCACGGACACAGAUGAGGUUGACAUGUGUGUGGGUCUUGAUCAGCCCGUCUGCCACUGACCACUCGCGGCAUGGUCGGUCUCUUUCUGGCUGAGGAGCCUUACGUUGCGCUCGAUGAGGCUGGGAGAGUCUCCAGGUGGACAAAUGCUGCGCCAGAACUCAUGAAGAAAAACAAGGAUGCCAACAUAGCGGCUGACAUCGGGCUCGACCUUCUUAGCAGCGAAGACAUGGUCGAGCCGUUAGCUUUUGCUCAAGAGAACCCAAUAGCAAGACCGCAUUUUGAUUCUACCAGGUCAAAGAACACAACACAAACAGACGGAGACAUGCAAAUGUCUCUGUGUGUCUCUGCGUGCCUCUGUUUGUGCAGCCGCGUUCUCGACUUCAGGCAAAACCAGUUCCUUAUUUCGUCCACAGAGCUGGACCUUUUUGACCCUUCUGACCGGUCCCAGGGGCUCACAAUGGCUUUGGUCCUGCAGUCCAACAGCACGGCUUUAACGACAGGAAGGCAGCAGGUGUUGAUCAACUACAGCAGCGGAUACCGGUGUCACCUCGACAUGAAUUUCCAAUUGGGUAUCAAUAUGGGACAGGCCGACCACAUGACUGGCGCGGGAGCUGAGCAGCUGUGUCGGUCGCAGCAGAACAAGGGCACUGCACUGGCGCUGUAGGCUAGCCGCCGUGCAAUGAAUUGAGUCAGAGUAGUAGCUGUACACGUGUGUGUCUUGGUGCAUAGGGUGGCUGUCUGUCUGUGUGUCAUGUGGCGCUUUAUUGGGUGUGGCGCAGUGGACUUGUGCCGUUGGGCGCAGUUUUGUGCGUGUGUGCGUGUGUCGCUGUCAGUAUUUGUACCGGGUGUGUGUAG